AUGGGCGGCCGCAGGUUGUGGGCAUUGGCUGCGGUUCCCGCUCGCUGUGGGUCUCCAGAGGGUGGCUCCUGCAGAAAAGCCGCAGUGUCUCGACGUGUCGGUUGUUUCCUGCCAUCCCGUUUGCAGCGUUCCUGUGACAGCUUCCUUCACAGAAGGGAGAAUCGCCCAUAGAAGCGGACGAGCCCCCAGCUAAGAUGGAAAUCACUCUACAUAGACAGCUUGCUUUCUUGCUCUAUUGCUUGUUACAGGCAGAACUUGAGAUCAGUCACUUCUGCAGUGUGUUACACUGUAAUUUCUAACCUGAAGAAAUCAGAACCAAGCAGGCAAUGGCCAAGGUAGAGAAGUUUGCUUUUCAUGUUCCAAGCCUGGAGGAGCUUGCUGGAGUUUUGCAGAAAGGACUGAAAGAAAACUUUGCUGAUGCCCAAGUCACUGUUGUUGACUGUCCUGAUCUGACUCAGGAGCCUUUCAAUUUUCCUGCUAAAGGAAUCUGUGGAAAGCCUAGAAUAGCAGAUGUGGGAGGUGUUCCAUACCUCAUUCCACUUGCACAGAAAGAAAAAGUUUAUGAUCUAAAUACUGUUGCAAAAGACAUAGAGCUUCCUGGAGCUUUCAUUCUUGGAGCUGGGGCUGCUUCAUCUCGGGUUGUUGGUGUAAAUGCUGAGCUUAUCCCUAUUGUGCAAACUAAGCAUGAAAAAAAGCCUGCUAUAAAUGGGAGCUAUGUUGCUCAGAUAAAUCCUGCAGAUAAAGGAUGCCUGCUUGAAAAGUACAGCAGCAAAUACUCAGACUGUGAAUUUGGGCUGUUGGCCAACCUUUAUGCCAGCGAGGGCCAACCUGGUAAGGUUAUUGAGGUGAAAGCCAAUGGAAGAACUGGGGAGCUGAACUUUGUGUCGUGUCUAAGACAAAUUUUAGAGAAACACUAUGGAGAAAAGCCAGUUGGGAUGGGUGGAACCUUUAUCAUUCAGAAGGGAAAAGCAAAACUUCACAUUAUGCCUCCAGAAUUUUCUGCCUGUCCUUUGAACACUGAUGAGGAUGUGAAUAACUGGCUCAAAUUCUUUGAAAUGAAGGCUCCGCUCAUUUGUCAGCCAGUAAUCGUUUCAAGAGAUCCAGGCUUCGACCUUCGCCUGGAGCACACGCACUGCUUCAGCCAGCAUGGGGAGGGCGGCCAUUACCACACGGACACCACGCCGGAUGCCGUGCAGUACCGCGGUUAUUUGCUGCCCGCUGAGCUGCUCUACCGCAUCGACCGGCCCAAGGAGACACACGGAGUGGGGCGGGACUGAGGGCUGCCCAGAUUGUGGCUUUUGGAGUAAAAAUGUUGAUUUUUGUAACGUUUUUAAUCACACACAGCGAUCAAAGCCAAAUACACCAGUCCUUGGAGGUGUUCAAGACCAGGUUGGACAGGGCCCUGGGCAACCUGAUCUAUUAAAGGUGUAUGUUUGGUGGCCCUGCUAGGCAGGGGGUUGGAACUACAUGAUCCUUGAGGUCCCUUCCAACCCGGGUCAUUCUGUGAUAAUCAACUGUCAGCUUUUCAUGCCUGUUCAAGGGGGAAGAUUGAAGUUGGAACUGAAGGGGAAUUGGAGCUGUCAUUUUCACUAAACGUUACUAAUGCUGUA